CAUAGGUGAUCAUCAACAACUGCGUCCAAGAAAUGCAUCUUAUACACUUGCAAAACGGUUUAAGUUUGAUGUUUCAUUAUUUGAACGUAUGGUAAAAAAUGGAUUUCCCUGUUAUACCUUAGCCACACAACAUCGAAUGCGACCUGAAAUAUCUGCUUUAAUGAAACCUAUUUAUCCUUUCUUAAUGGAUCAUAAAUCAGUUAAACAUAGAAGUGAUAUUGGUGGUGUUAAUAAGAAUAUGUAUUUUAUUCACCAUAAAGUAAAUGAAGAAAAAGAAAUUGGUUCUAAUAGCCACAAAAAUAUUCACGAAGUAAAAUUUUUUAUGGAAUUUGCCAGAUAUUUGACAAGUCAAGGCUAUCGUCAAAAUCAAAUUACUAUACUAGUCACCUAUAGAGAUCAAUUAUUAGAAUUUCAAAAG